CUGGGGAGUACUGGGAGCGCUGCCAUGGAUGGGUGGGCUGUAGGAGCGGGGACACAGGGAGCGUAGGAGCACAGGGCUGGAUGUGGCUGAGAACCCUCCCACAGCCCAAGCGAGAUCCCCACCAGCUGUGAGUGCUGCGGGCGACCAAGCGGAAUCUUCUCCCAGAAUGAUGGAAAACAAAGUGUUCAUGUCAUUUACCUUCUACAGCACAAUCUUGAUCUUAAAAAUGUACGUCGUUGCCAUCAUUACAGGACAAGUGAGACUCAGAAAGAAGGCAUUUGCUAACCCGGAGGAUGCGCUGCGCAACGGGGGGCUGCAGUACUACCGUGAGGACCCCGAUGUGGAGCGGUGCCGCAGGGCUCACCAAAAUGACAUGGAGAACAUCUUUCCCUUUCUCUUCCUCGGAGCCAUCUACUCCCUGCUGGAUCCCACUCCCGCAGUGGCCAGGAUCCACUUCUUCAUCUUCUGUGUGGGACGUAUCAUCCACACCAUCGCCUACCUCCUGCAGCUGAAGGCCCCCACACGCUCCGUGGCCUAUGGCGUGGCACAGCUGCCCUGCUUCUCUAUGGCUCUGCAGAUCCUCCUCGCCACCACCCCAUACUGGUAACACCCAGCGAGACCAACCAUCCAGACCCCCUUGUCCUGCACUCUGCUGGUUUCCCCGGCUGGACUGGGUGGUGUAUGUGUGAGUGUGCAUGUGUCUGUGUGUGUGGGCACAUGGUAUGUCCCCAUGCUAUUGAAAUUGGGCAGGGAAGUCACCAGAGAGAAGGGGCACCUCUCCCUGUGGAGCAGGAAGGGGAUGCGGAGGCAGGUUUCUCUUGCUCCUGCUAAGGGUGGGAGGGGAAAGCACCCGGACUACCCCUCGAGGAAGGGGUUCAUUGGCAGAAAGAAGGUUUUCUGGCCCAACUGCAUUCAGAACUGGGAAGAGGAAGAUGUGCCCUUUCCCUUGGUCACAAAUACCCCAUGAAUCAGGAAGUGAAGAUCAUGAGGGUCCCAAGAAGCCUCGUGGUCAGCAGAGGGAAGUUAUGAAACAGCUGCCUUUCUCCUGCCCAUCCCUUCAGGUCUGUGGGGACAGGGGUCCCGUAGGUCCCCUCUCCCAUGAGAAGGGCAGAAGGCAGGUGCCUGCCGGGCACGUAACAUGGAAGUUGAAACCUCAGGGGUGACGUGAAGCCACCGAAGCAUUCAGUGCUCCCAGCACCGCCUCGUCUCACACCCCAGGACUCAGCUCCCUGCCAGGGAGUGUCACUGCAGGCAGGAGCCUGCCUGUCCCAGCCAGGACACCCCACGGCCGGUGUUCAGCAGCUCCCAGCCAGCAGCAGCCGUGGCUUUUCCACCUCAGUCUCACCAUGGCAAGAUGCAGGGGGAUGUGCCUGGAGCAACCAGCAGGAAUCACCCCACAGGGAGCUGAAAACAAAGCUCUGGGACUUCUGGAAAGACUGAGAUGCUUACACCAAACAGGGGGUUUGCAGUUUGCAGACAGAGCUUUCUCCCAAGGGCAGUAUCUGCGUUCACAUGCCGCUGGUGCCUGAAAACACUCCCAGAGCAGCAGAGUGAACUUCUCUUCCUUUGUUUGUAGCCUUUCUCUGGCCGCAGAAUAGCCACUGCUAUUUGGGGAAUGUGCCGUGACCGCUUUGGGGGUGUUUUCUUUCAGCUGUUUCCUGCUGUCCACUGCUGCCCCGCCGUGCACAGCCUGGGUUAGCUGGUGUUUGCAGGAAGCUCUGGAAAUGAGCAGAGUGGCUUUGAACCACCACACGGGAGAAUACCACUGCUCUGUGGUGUCACCUGAAAGCUGUCAUGUUGGAAAGGGAAGGCUGGGACCAGGGCAUUGCAGGGUGAGAAACCCUCAUGAGCUCCUCUGCUGCUGGUCCAGGCAAAGGCAGCACACAAUAAAGCACCCCUAUGGAGGACAAGGCAAGAGGAAGUCUCUGCUGUUCAGUGCCUCCUUUGAGGGCAAUGCAGAGUUUUACUAAGAUCACAGGGGGAAACCAGAAUGAGCAGAAAAUAAAUUCCCCUUCCUAAUUACUGUCCUAAUUACUAACGCUACUCCCUUAACUCCUUGGAGGUGCUCUUACUGAGCCCUCACUGAGCGCCUGCGUGUACAGAGGACAGGAUGAAACACCAGCUCAGCAUGAUGCUCUGAGCCCUUGCCCAGCUUGGGUAGCACCACUAACUCCUGACCUCCAUGGGGGAAACAGAGCCCAACACAUGUGGAAGGUGGGCAGGACUGCAGGUUCAGCACUUUGCUCUUGGCCACAUCUCAUUUACACAGCCUCAGCAGAUGCCUGGGUAACACAUACCCCUCUUAACAAGCCUUUUCUGCCUAACAUGGUGCACAAGGUCUCAACCCCCUGUACAUUUCUCUCGCACGUGCAUCCUGGUGGCAGGAAGCAAAUAUUCCCAAUAAAAACAAAUCAUUGUGCUCUGAUACAUCCUUCCUUCGGGAGCAGCAGAUGCAGCUGGGUAGCAGCUGGGUCCAGCCCAGCAGGAUGGCUCCACAGCUGCAAAGUGCUUUGCUAAAUCCCAUUGCAGAGCCUGGAAUACCCUGGGACUUCUAAAGAGACAUUGCUUUCCUUUGGACCAACUUGCCCCACAGGGAGAGCUCUUGUCCAGGUGUACAUUAUUUGUGCUGAUCCUUUAAAUUCAACAGAGCUGGAGGGUUGCAAAGCAGCCCCGUUGUGGUUUCAUCCUUCUUAGAGUAAGCAAGUUGCUGCAAAGCUUGGUGUUCACCCAAAUCUCCAUCCCAGCUCCCCUAGAGCAGGUCUAGUAGUAUGAGAUGCUUUGUCCCAGCAAGCUUUCUUCACAUCCCACCUGCACUCAGCUGAAUGCUUCUUGCCUUUGGAGCCAAGCUGGUGCUUAAAUCCUGGAGGGCUGGAGAAGGUCAGGUACGAUGUGGUUGCUCUCAUUCCCGUGCUUAAGACUUGCAAAGGAGCUGCCUGUGUUUUUUCAAGCUCAGCAGCCCCCUUUUAUUGCCGGUAGGUUGCUGGCAAGCAAAUGCCUUGUUUUCCUGGUUUUCCCCUAUUAAACUGUUGGUGUUUGGGA